AAGCUAGAACGCCGGCCAGGGCGCCGUCGUUCAGCGUGUGCUGGUGUGCUACGACGCCGAUGCCCGAAAUAGUGAACGCCACCACCGGCAAAUUGGAGAGCGGACAGCCGUCUUUGCUCUGCAAACAGAGCAUGUUCGCCCGCUGGCAGUACAUCGUGAGACGCCUGCCUCUACUCCAGCAGGACCUCGAACCGGACAUGAAGCAGCAUCAGCUACCUAGUGACCUGGAACACAUGCUGUAUAACGAAGCGAAGCAGCUCUCCCCCACUUACCAGGUGGCCAAGGACAGGCUGAUCGAGGCGUUUGAGAUGGCCAAGCUGGGCCGCUGGAUCAAGAAGCCGUUGGAGCAAGACCAGUUUGUCUGCGAGAUACUCGACGCCGAUCCCCAAGUGCUGUUCGCCUAGGCUGG